GGCGGCCGUUGAGGGACCGUUGGGGCGGGCGGCGGCGGCGGCGGCGGCGGCGCGCGCUGCGGGCAGUGAGUGUGGAGGCGCGGACGCGCGGCGGAGCUCAAGCUGCUGCAGCUGCUGCCGCCGCCGGAGGAACCUUGAUCCCCGCGCUCCGGACACCCCGGGCCUCGCCAUGGCUGACCAGCUGACUGAGGAGCAGAUCGCAGAAUUCAAGGAGGCCUUCUCCCUCUUUGACAAGGAUGGAGAUGGUACCAUCACCACCAAGGAGCUGGGGACAGUGAUGAGAUCCCUGGGACAGAACCCCACUGAAGCCGAGCUGCAGGACAUGAUCAAUGAGGUGGACGCAGAUGGGAACGGGACCAUUGACUUCCCGGAGUUCCUGACCAUGAUGGCCAGAAAGAUGAAGGAUACAGACAGCGAGGAGGAGAUCCGAGAGGCCUUCCGUGUCUUUGACAAGGAUGGCAAUGGCUACAUCAGUGCCGCAGAGCUGCGCCACGUCAUGACGAACCUGGGUGAGAAGCUGACCGAUGAGGAAGUGGAUGAGAUGAUCAGAGAGGCUGACAUCGACGGAGACGGCCAGGUCAAUUACGAAGAGUUUGUACAGAUGAUGACUGCAAAGUGAAGGCCCCCGGGCAGCUGGUGAUGCCCGUUCUCUUGAUCUCUCUUCCCGCGCGCGCAUCUUCAACACUCCCCUGCGUAUCCCGGUUCUAGCAAACACCAACUGAUUGACUGAGAAUCUGAUAAAGCAACAAAAGAUUUGUCCCAA